AUGGUCCAGCUGGGAAGCUUACCCGCCACCGAUGCUCAGUCGGAGCGCCGUUUGACGCUGGAGCGCAAGCUUGCUAAGGACAUUCAGGAAGUCGAGCUUCUGGAACAGAGUCUCACCCGGACAAACAAUGUCUCCGAGCGAAUGGAGGACAUGCUGGCGUCGUUCGACGUGCGGCUCGCCAAACUCGAAAAAUCCAUCUUGCCCAUCCACAAGUCGACAUCGAAGCUGACCAAGCUCUAUGAUAAUAUCAACACGUCGCUCCAGGGUAUCCAGAAGAUCAUUUCGCAUUUCGACCUCGCCAGCCAAGAAUACGGAGUCAUUUCGAAAGGGCCUCUCGAGUACGACGUCGUGCCAUACAUCAAGUCCAUCCAGAAGCUCAAGGGUGGACUGGAUAUUUUGAGCCAGACCAAGGUCAAGUCGGUCGAGAGGGCCGUCACGGCACUGAGAGAGCUCGCUCAGCAAGGCAUCACCAACCUCGACAAUCUCUUUCAAAAGUGGGUCGCUGCCGUCAGCACCAUCUUGGAUCACACCAACCCCGGGAUCAGUGAGGAGCAUCUGCAGAAGCUCCACACGCUAUCUUCUGAGCUAGCGGCCAUCAGCCAAGCGGAACUGGGUUUGGUGACUCAAUAUGUCAAGAUCUUCAGCGAUAUUCGAUCGUCAUACCUUCAGAAAUCCAUGCAGCCUCUCGCUACAGCUUCCAACACCCCGGACAAGAAGCUUACCGUCUAUCAGAAAGGCAGCGGUGCCUAUAUCACGUACUUUCGGUGUUUGCUGAAAGUGAUGAAGGCCGAGCGAGAUGCCGUGACUCGACUCUUCCCCAAGGCUCAGGCUCCCAAAAUCUUUCAGACGGUGAUCACGCCCAUGGUCGAUACCUUUAUUGACUCGGGCGAAUCCAUGAUGGCGCGGCUGAAGCGAUGCAUCCAAAAGUCCGAGUUCCAGGAUAUAUUCCUGCUGCUGGAUCUUGUCGAAACCAUGACUUUGCUACGGAAGGAGUAUGACGGUCUGUUGGCGUAUGCGGGAUCGAAGGGAUCUGAGAUCGCCGAGCUCCUGAUCUGUGCCAAGACCGUCGUGGUGGUCUUUUUCGAGGAGUUCAAGGAAACCAUCAAGGGCGAUCCAUCCAAGCAACCGGCCUUGUCGCCAGACGGGACGGUGCAUGAGCUUACAAGUCGAAUGCUCAACAUUUUGAAGCGCCUCCUGGAGCACUCAUCCACCAUCGACAGCCUGUUGGAAGAGGCGCUGUCAAAGUCGUUUGUCGACUAUGCAGUCGAGAUCUUUGAGGCACUGGCUCAGAGUCUGGAAACCCGAUCCAAGGGAUACAAGCAAAAGGGCGGCGCCUUGGCCGCCAUCUUCCUGCUCAACAACUACCACUAUAUCGCCAAGAACUUGAAGAACUCAAAGUUGUCCGAAGUUGUCGGGCCAGACGUCGAGGCCAAGUUCGAGAAGCUGGUGUCGCUCAAGAAGGAUGCUUACCGCGACAGCUGGAAGGCCUGCAUCGAGUGCCUCAUGGACAACAUUGUGAUCCAGGGCGGCCAAAUCCAAAAGAACCUCUCCAAAUCGCAGCGCGAGACAAUCAAGGAAAAGUUCAAGGGGUUCAACACCGAGCUCGAGGAGGCAUACAAGACACAAAAGUUCUAUGCCGUCCCGGAUCUCGAGCUUCGCGCUCAGCUCAUCAAAGACAUCAAGGCCGUGAUCCUGCCGUUCUACGGACGGUUUCUGGAAAAAUACGAACACAGCGAGUUCAGCAAGAAUCCCGACAAGUACAUCAAGUACGACAAAUUCCAGCUCGAGCAGCUCAUCGACAAGUUCUUCGAUGCCUCGGCAUAGGGUGCUUCGGAGACGAGCAGCAGUGGCUGGUCAGAUAUACGAUCAUCGUAUCCGGCUUGGCCACCAAACAGCCUCC